GAAUUCCCAUACCCGAAUGACAGAAAUUCAAGAAACAUUUUUCUAUUUUUAUACGAAAAAUUCUUUUUUUGUAUUAGAAGAACAUUAGAAUAACAUUCAUUCAUCGUUAAGAAAAAGAGAGAAAGAAGGUGUAUAAUGUGAGAGAAAAAAUUGUUGUCUAGGAGAUAAACAAACACAUUAUUGGUGAUUACUUAUAAUGUCUGAUACUACAGAAUACUUAUUAACACAAUUUUAUGGCAUUGGAAAGACAAAUAAAGAAAUAGCUGAACCAAUUCAUUAUGGACUGCAAUCUUAUCAAGAUAAAUCUUCCUAUAACUUUAUUUCUCUUGCCCAAAAUACAAUUUCAACUAAUGAAGAAUCUCAACAAAGUCUUCAGACAAAUUUAGCUAGUAAUACUGAAGAGAUUGAUUCUAAAAUAUCACCAUCACGCUCUUGGCGAGCUAUUGAAAACGAUGAAGAAAUCAAUGAUGAAGGAAAUGGCUCUAAAGACGAAGGUUUAAUUUCAGAUGAACAGAAAAUUGAAGAACUUUUUGAUAUUGAUGCAAGAGCAUCUCUACCUAUUAAGUCAACCUUGCCUGUAGUUUUAGAAGGUCGUCAUGAUUCUCCAAGUGCACGACCAAGUGUUACUACUGUUGAAGAUGUCUAUUUGGAUACUCUGUCAGAUGUUUCUUCACGAUCGACUAAAAAAAGAGGAAAGAAAUCUUUAAUUGCACGAGAGCCGAAAAUUACAUUACCACCUAUUGUGAGAGCACAGCCAACACCAUCAUCAUCAUCAUUAAAAGCUCCAGUUUAUAAUAAAUUGUAUUAUGAUAUGUCUAAUGCAAUGAUUCAAACAUUAUCUGUUGAUAUCUUUGAUAAUUUUCAUGACAUUAGGAUGCUUUAUUUAGAAAACAAUAAUUUGCAAGAACUACCAGAUGAAUUAUUUACAAAAUUGAAAUCUCUUCAAUGGUUAGACGUUAGGAAUAAUCAAUUGAAGACAUUACCAUCAACAAUAAAGAACCACAGAUGCUUGGAGACAAUUUUAUUGCAGGGCAAUCAAAUUGAACGACUUCCUUUGGAAUUAUGUUUAAUUCCAAGCCUUAAAUCAAUUCACUUAGCUCAUAAUCCUUUGGUUUUUCCUAGUGUUGAUGUGCGAGCUCUCGGAUUUAAAGCAAUGAUGGACUGUCUACGUGAGGAAUGGAAUAAAGUUCAUCCUGAUGAAGUUAUAACUCCUCAAAAAGAAGUUCAAUCGGUCACGACGAUUUUGUGUCAGGAACCGUCAAAAAAAUUUAAAAGACUCAAAUUAUCAGAAUAUUCCAGAAAAAGUAGUAAAACUAUGGAUAAUAUAUCUGUUCGUGAAAGAUCAAAAAAUUAUAAACCAAGUAACAGAUGUCCAGAUUAUGGAGAUAAUAAAAUGCAUGAAGAAAAAUUUUUAAAAAUGUGUAGAUUACGAGAAAAUUUAAUUAGACAAAAUAAAAUUCUACAAAAAAUAAAAGAUAAAAAUGUUUUAAAAAAUUGGCAACAGGACCGUAGGAGUUUUGAAAAAAGUAUGAAAAAAGCUGCUGAACGAACGCAAAUCUCCUAUGGUAUUUUUGACUCUGACAAUCAAUCAAACAACUAUUCGAAACAUAUGUUUACAUCAGACAUCAACAAUAAAAUGUCUAAUGUCAUUGAAUCACUCCAAAAUUUCCAUAUUCAGACAAGUAAAGGAGUUUCAGAUCCCAUUAUUGAACGUAAUAAACUUGAAAAUGGUAUAAAAAAAUUAAAAAGUAUAAAAAAAGAAAUCGAAAAUUUAAAGAAUCAAAAUGAAAAGUCAUUGGUUUUAUAUAAAGGUAAUCAAUCCAUAGAAUAUAAAGAAUAUAAAUCUCCACCAUCAAUUAUAAUAUAA